AUGGCUGCCGCCAUCCUCAACCUCUUCAUCUUCCUCUUCCAGAUCCUCGCAUUCUCAUCUCAUCCAGCUCCUUUAGCCCGUGCCCAACUCCUCUCCAUAAUCAAUGAAGGUAGCGGCAUCGACGCCAGCAAAACUCCCGUCUACAUAGUCCACGUGGAGAAGCCCUGCAGCCGCUCACUCAGCUUCCAAAAUCUCAAAAAUUGGUACAUGUCCUUUCUCCCCAAUGCUAGUCUCGCCUCUGGAGAAUCUCGCAUGGUUUACACCUAUCGCGAAGUAAUCACCGGCUUCGCCGCUCGUCUCAACUCUGAUGAAGCCGAAGCCAUGGAAUCCCUCGAUUGUUUCAUUGAUGCCUACCCAGAAAAAGAAUACUAUGCUUCCACUACCUACACCCCCACCUUCCUCUCCCUCAAAGGAAACCCAUCAAACGCACUCUGGCAAGACUCUUCAAUGGGCGCCGGCCAAAUCAUUGGCAUAAUCGAUACCGGAAUCGAUAAUAACCACCCUUCUUUCAAUGAUAAGGGAAUGCCCCCUCCUCCCUCGAAAUGGAAUGGCAAAUGCUAUUGGGGAAAUAAACGUACCUGCAACAACAUGCUCAUCGGUGCCGCUGCGUUCCGCCACAGUGUCGUAAAACCCAAUCCGUAUGACAACGACGGCCACGGCACCCACGUCGUUAGCACCGCGGCUGGAAAUUUUGUUGACAAAGCUAAUGUAAUUGGGCAGGCACAGGGGACGGUCUCCGGCAUGGCCCCGCGUGCUCAUCUUGCAAUUUACAAAGCCUUAUUUGUCGAUCCCAACGGUCAUUCGACUGGCACCGAUGCGGAUAUUUUAGUCGCUAUAGAAUAA